AUGACGCGCGGCAAAAAACACCCGAAACAGGGCCUGUCCUUUCGCGUCCCCGAGUCUUGUUGUUUCUCCUUCUGCGAAUCUGUGUCGGGGAGGCAACUUAAUAGCCUGGUCAAACCCCCCACACUCUCGACGCCUUUUCCGACGGGUGCCUUCUUCCCACCCUCUCCUGUCUCGUGCGUUUUUGCUGCCUUCUCUCAAGCGGAACGCACCAUGUCUUCCUUCACCGGACCGUCGUCGGUCCGGCUUCGGCCAGGCGUGCUUUGCGUCUUUCUGUCUCUCCUGUCUCUGUCUCUGACGUGUGUCCCCUUUUCCCCCUCCUCCCUCUCCCUGCCUUCGUCCCUGCCUUCGUCCCUGCCUGCGGCCUACGGCAUCCGCCUCGACGCCGCACAGCCCGUCCCCCCGCAACCCGACAGCCUCCCCGUCGCCGGCGCCACGGAUUCCUGCCGAGAGCCGGCAGGCGCGUUUGACGGCGCCGAUGGCGUGCCGUCGCUUCGCGAGGCGGAGGAGAUCCUCCGCCGCGAGCAAACUGUAGCGACUGAGCAUGCGCAGCGCGCGGCGGAGGACGUCCAGCAGUUCGCGGAGGCGGCGAGAGAAGCCGCCGCUAAGGGCGACAUCGCCGCGGCACACGAGCUCGCCGCGGCCGCGGCCGCGGCAGCCGCCGAGGCGCAAGACAUCGCCGCGUACGCGCAGGCGGUUUCCGAAACGGAUCCUGCGCUCCUCCGCGAGCGCGCACAGGAAGAGGCGCACCGGAGCGCCGAGUCUGAGGCGAGGAGACAGCAGGCUGCCUCGGAGUCUCAGGCGAACGCCGCGGAGCAGGGACUGCCCUACGGUUCGUGCGACGUGACCAUCACGCCAGACGACAUUGCGUCUGUCCCGGAGGCUCUGGAGAAACUCGCUGCGUUGGAGACGUCUGUUCAGGAGGCUGGCGAGCAGCUGGACGAGAAGGAACAGAUGGUGGCGGAGUACAUGCUGGCGGCGAGCGAGGCGGCGGAGCGCCACGAUGAGGCCUCCCGCGCGUUCGAGGACGCGAAGAAGCAGAAGAAGGAAAACUUGGCCGCCGCCGCAGAGAAGGAGGCGCUGGAAGCCGCUGCGGAGUACGAGGAGUUGGCAACUGCUGUGCAGGUCUUGACGGAGGAAGCCGAGGCACAAAGCGGGAAGGCACUCGCCGACGCCGUCGCUGCCGGGGAGAUGCGCUACGCCAUCAACCAAAAGAUCGUGAGCGACGCAGACCCCGCCGCGCGCGGAAAGGUCCCGCGCUCGCUGCUCGCCCCCAAGCACUUUCACAUCAGCGACGCGGCUUCCGGGCGCGUCCUGAAAAUCUAUUUCCACAACAGCUUCGCCCCCUUCGACGACCUGCCGUGCGCUGCGCUCCACACGGACGCCUAUCUCUGCCGCCAGCACCCGCGCUGCGUGGUUCAGUACGAGCAGAGCGGCGACGAAGUGCUGCAGAGAUGCAUUCUCGACGACGCGUACCUGUGGCUGGUCGCCUCCACGUCGGAUUUCUGCGCCGCGGCGCCGGAGGGCUCUUCGCAGGCCGCCGCCUCGCCGUUCGACAAUGCGACUCCCCUCGAACCGAUGGCUGCAGUGACGGAAGAAGAGAUCGAGGCAGUGGCGCUUGACCUCCUCCAGGAGUCGGGCGUCGACGGCCCGGCAGUCUUGGAGCAGAUGGCGAAGGACGGCAAAAGCACGAGCGACUUGUGCGGCUUCGUGCAGGCGCUCUCGGCAGAGCUGCUGCGCACAGAACGGGAUCCGCGGUGUGCGUCCCCCGCCGACGACGGGGAGAACAUUGCGCUGACCACGGAGGCACUCCUGGCGUCCAACUUUGGAUUCCUAGGGCCAGCUGCGCCGGCGACCGCCUCGCCCUCGGCGUCCGCCGCCGCGCCCGCCCCCCGCAGCGCGAGCAUUCGCAGCCAUAACCGGAACGCGUUCGCCGCAGGAGGCGCCGGAAAGAACGCCUUUGCCCCGGUCCCGCGCAUCUCGCCGAGUGGUCUGUUUGGCCUCCUCGGAGGCAGCUCCGCGAAGGCGAACGCGCCGAUUCGCAUGGGGAUCAACGGCAUGGGCCGCAUUGGACGCCUCGUCUUCCGCAUCGCCAUGACCCGACCGGACGUCACCGUCACGCACAUCAACUGCAGCAUGGAUCCUGCCUACAUCGCGUACAUGCUCAAAUACGACUCCGUCCACGGCCGGUUCGACGGCGAAAUCGUCCCUACCGAUUCCGGCCUCAUCGUGAACGGCCAGGAAGUCAGCAUCUCCAACACCCGUGACCCCGAAGAGAUCCCGUGGGCGGCGCAAGGCGCCGACUACGUCUGUGAAUCGACUGGUGUGUUCUGCACGACCGAGGCUGCGGCAAAACACGUCAACAGACCUGGCGGAGCGAAGCACGCAGUUAUUUCCGCUCCGGCGAAGGACGAAUCAACCCCGACUCUCGUGGUGGGCGUGAAUGCCGAGCAGGACUACGAGUCGAGCAUGAAAGUUGUGUCGUGUGCGUCGUGCACCACGAACGGCUUGGCGCCCUUGGUGAAGGUGAUUGACGAGAACUUUGGCCUGGUUGAGGGUCUGAUGACGACCGUCCACGCAGCCACAGGCACGCAGAAGGUCGUCGACGGCACCUCGAAGAAAGACUGGCGCGGCGGCCGAGCUGCAACCGGCAAUAUCAUCCCGUCAUCCACAGGAGCCGCGAAGGCGGUCGCCCGGUGUCUGCCGCACAUGAAGGGAAAACUCACUGGCAUGGCCUUCCGGGUGCCCACGCUCGAUGUCUCUGUCGUUGACUUGACCUGCCGGUUGAACAAGAGCACGACUUACGAGGAAAUCAAGAAGGCGGUCCGCGAGGCGAGCGAAACGUACAUGCGCGGCAUCAUCGGCUACACUGAGGAGCCGAUCGUGUCCCAGGACAUUGUUGGCUCGCAGUGCUCGACAGUGUUCGACGCGAACGCGGGCAUCAUGCUGAACCCGAACUUUGUCAAGCUCGUGUCGUGGUACGACAACGAGUACGCGUACUCGGCGCGUCUCGUCGACCUCAUUGCCGUCAUGGCUGCCAAGGACGGCGUUGUUGCCGCGGGAACGGGACUCGACCGGAAACCCUUUUAA